CGAGGGGUUAAUGCUGAUGGGGCGUGUCCUGACUACAUCUCCCAGCAUGCAGCAGCCGGGGCUGACGUCACACUGUGAGCCGGAGAUUGAAUGACUGGGAGAGGGGAGGCCAAGUCACCAUGUCCGAGAAGAAGCCAAAGAGAAUCCUGGUGACCGGAGGCGCCGGCCUGGUGGGGAGAGCCAUCGAGAAAGUGGUGGCAGAGGGAGAGGGGCAGCCGGACGAGGAAUGGAUCUUUGUGUCGUCGAAGGACGCCGACCUCACGAAUGCAGCAGACACCCGAGCUCUGUUUGAGAAGCAUAAACCCACCCACGUCAUCCACUUGGCGGCGAUGGUGGGUGGCCUGUUCCGGAACAUGAAAUAUAACCUGGAUUUCCUGAGGAAUAACCUGCAUAUUAACGACAACGUCCUGCAUUCGGCGUACGAGCUGGGAGUACAGAAGGUGGUUUCCUGCCUCUCCACCUGCAUCUUCCCAGACAAGACCACUUAUCCCAUCGAUGAGACCAUGAUCCACAGCGGGCCUCCUCACAGCUCAAACUUUGGGUACUCCUAUGCCAAGAGAAUGAUCGACGUCCAGAACAGGGCUUACUAUGAGCAGCACGGCUGCAGGUUCACCUCCGUCAUCCCAACCAAUGUCUUCGGCCCGCACGAUAACUUCAACAUAGAGGACGGCCAUGUUCUGCCGGGUCUCAUCCACAAGGUGUAUCUGGCUAAACAGAACGCCACCGCACUCUCCAUAUGGGGCACCGGAAAACCGCGGCGGCAGUUCAUCUACUCUCUGGAUCUGGCCAGACUGUUCAUCUGGGUGCUGAGAGAAUACACCGAGGUGGAUCCCAUUAUCCUGUCCGUGGGAGAAGAGGACGAGGUGUCUAUCAAGGACGCUGCUGAGAGUAUUGUGGCCGCCAUGGACUUUAAGGGAGAAGUUAUUUAUGACAGCACCAAGUCUGACGGACAGUUCAAGAAAACGGCCAGCAACUGCAAGCUGCGGAAGUAUCUUCCCGACUUCAAGUUUACUCCGUUUAAUCAGGCUGUCCAGGAGACGUGCGACUGGUUUAAUUCCAAUUACGAUCAGGCCAGGAAAUGAGCGCACAUUGGCGACAUGGGAUAUACCGCAGUUGUGCUGGUCACCGUGUCUCCACAUGUUUGGAUGUUGGUUGUGGGCUUUGGGAAAUGGUGUAAAAAUUGGGAACUGGUCUGCACACGUGGAUGGUCGACGGAUAACCCUCUGUUCUUCAUACAGCCGGCCGUAGCGCCAUAGGUUGUAUCUUCGUGACAACACGGCUACAUUGCGGCGGAGUGGACCAUAACUGGUACCCAUACGGGCAAUCUCUUCUCUAACGUAUAGACCAAUAUCCUACACAUGUCUCCUCUUCAAUCACUGCUGAUUUCAGUAAAUGUAUCUAUGCAAUUAGGGAAAAGUCGUUGAUUUAAAAUACAGUCUCCAACUUUCUGGAAAUGUAGAAUUAGUACAUUCUGUGGAAUUUCGUGAAAAGUAUUUUUGCAUUUAUUUUAUUCCAACAAAGUUUGUCUACUCUACGAACUCUUUAUAAAUGUAACGUUCCCCAGUCUAAGCCGGUGGGAAUUCUGGGAAUGGGCGUAGUGGGAGCCAUCGCUGCUCUCUUCUGUUACCUCAGGGGAUCUCUAGGGGCGUACUGUUCUGUGCGAUAUCGCAUCCCUGUUCCCGGACACUUUUUGUAUUGACUCGUUUCACAGUCUGUCUGGACACAGUAUUCUCCUCUCUACGAGCUGCUGGUGGGAAUGUUCCUUUAGUUUACUGAUCUAAUAAAAUAAUUUAUCCUUUUGCUGUA